UCACCAAAAAGUCACAAACCGCAUUCAUUUCUUUCUUUGUCCACUUCCUAAACCAUCCAAAUGCUUCACCCCAUAAAUAAAUCCUCCAUUCUCCUCUUAACAUCAACACAAUUCAACCACUUCAUCAUUCCCAAAAAUCUCCACACAACAUGAAAAGAUCCAUAACCUCCGUAUCCGAAUCCGAAUCCGAAAUUUUUAUCACCAGCAACACAAAAAAAAUAAAACAAUCCGCACUGUCUCCAUCUCAAGCAACCGAAGUUCUAAACGACGAGAAUUUGUUAUAUGAAAUUUUCAAACACGUUGACGAGCGAACGUUAGGUUCGUUGAGUUGCGUUAGCAAGCGAUGGAACCGUACGGCUCAGGAUGAGAGGUUAUGGGAGAUGAUAUGCACAAAGCAUUGGACAAAUAUGGCGUGCGGCGACAACAAGCUCAGAUCUGUGGUCCUUGCGCUUGGAGGAUUCCGUAAAUUACACGCGCAUUAUCUGUAUCCGUUAUCCAAGUCUUCAGGUUCAACCAUGGGAUUGCCUUCUUCUUCUUCCUCUGCCGUUGCUGCCGCGGUGUCAGGCUCGGUGUGGCCGUGCUUGCCAUCGCGGCGGCCUACGGUUGGUUGUGAAAAAAGUAAUUGUUUGAAAACUCAUUAUGGACAAGAUGAGGUUCAGUUAUCGUUGUCUCUAUUAUCGAUUCGGUAUUUUGAGACGAUUAGGUUUAGAAAUCGGAAUGAUUAAUAUUAUCUUAUCUGGAUUAUUACAUUAUGAUUAAUUCAACAUAUUGUUAGUUUAAUUCAGUGUUUCGAUUCGGUAUUUGAGUUGUUUUGUUUCUAAUUUGAUGUUUGUUGCUGAUUCGUUGUAUGAAUUAUUACCAGAUCUGUUGUAUAUUUAAGUUUUCUACUUACAAAAUAACACAUUGUUACAUCAA